AUGGCCCAAAACUCUACAGCGUCCAGACUGGAGGAGCGCGGCCCUCAAGUCUGGCAUCUACCCCACGUCCGUAUGGCCCUGUUUGACGAACUUUGCGAGACGCUUGAGAUCGGCCGAGCUCCCGACCAGAAGCAAGGGUUUCUCAAAGGCUUCCUUACCUUCAACAGAGACACCUCCUUGGACAUCGCGCUCUUACUCUACCCUUACAUCAAUCUCGAUGACUUUCCAUGGGGUUGUCCGGAUGCAGUGAGCUCUGAUGCGAGAUGCGUUGCUGACAUUCUGCAGAAUCGGAGACGAGCCUAUGCGGCCGGCGUCCGAGCCAUCAAUGUGACCGGCUGUCUGCCCCUGUGCACUCGCUGGAAGUCGUUUCCAGAAAUGGUCGCGUUCUUCCCAAACGUCAGGCAACUGUUCUUCGACUCGACGGAUCUCUCAUUCUCGACUAUGCCGAAUACUGCAGAGUUCGCGUGGUGCAAUCCCAGACUACCCGACACGUUCGAGAUCAGCCAAACGGCUUGGGUCGAAGAUGACGGUUCCAUCACUGAGCCUGCACCAUUCUGGGACAUUGAAGGAUUCGAGUACAAGCUUGCGCGUGAUCUCGAAACUGGCUACCAGAUGGGCGACGUUCGGCCCCUCAUCGCUCGCGACGACGGGCAGCUGGAAAUUCCUGCGAUCUUCCUCCAACCUCAGCGGGAAAUGGUGAUCGAGCCCAAGCGCGACGAGCACGACGACUGGCUGAGACUUCUACAGCAUCGUAAAGGCGCUGGUCUGCCUAUCGAUGUACUCAUGUGGGGAAUGGGUGUUGGGGAGGAGCUGAGCGUCGUUCCUCGGCUGGCUUGUGUGGUACCGCCAGACCUGCGCAUACUCAGGCUACGCCUUGGAUCCGACGGACCUCUCUCAACCACUCUGGACAACAUUCUCGAGCACAUAGACACCAAGCAUUUCCCCAAUCUUCGGUUCCUCGAGGUGAAGCUGCUCUUCUUCCAGGAUGUGGCUCCAGAUUCCGCCGGCUGGGUCGCAGCGCCGCAGUGGCUGUCCAACGACAUCCCCGAGAAGCUGGAGAUAUGGGUAGAUCUCGUUCUCCUCAGCCACAACAUUGACGAGCGCACCGACGAACAGCACAUGGAGCAGGUGCUGUUCAAUGCUCUGCCCAACAGGUGGAUCGCGCAAGCCAGGCGGAAGCUCGGUCGCGACAACUGGUAUCGACUCAAGGUCAGGACAUACUGGGACCAGGGAGAAGGGCCAGAGUCAUUCGACCCAUGGAUAGUGUCGCUCAUUUUGCGGCCCAAUCCCCCUCCCCAUCGUCCAGACUCUCCCUGGGGGUAG